UAGUGGAAUUCACACGCCUGCGCGCUCCCGGGCAGCCAGUCGAGUUCACACGCCUGCAUUUCAGACACACACACGCAAACACUCGCAUACCCACCAGCCAGGAACCCGAGUCUUUUCUCCACACGCGAUCGUUCAUUUCGGAAGGUGGAUUUUUUGCCCCUCCAACGGUUUUUUUUUGUUUUUUUUGGGAAAAUAAAAGCCGUGAAGAAGCAUAUGUGCAUGAACGGGGAACGGGGCGCGCAGGAUGGUUCGGGAAACCAGACACCUCUGGGUGGGAAAUUUACCCGAACAUGUUCGAGAAGAGAAAAUCGUCGAACAUUUUAAACGGUAUGGCCGGGUGGAGAGCGUUAAGGUCCUCCGCAAGCGUGGCUCGGAGGGCGGCGUGGCAGCCUUUGUGGAUUUUGUUGACAUCAAGAGUGCUCAGAAGGCUCACAAUGCGGUCAACAAAAUGGGGGACAGGGACCUUCGCACUGAUUACAAUGAACCUGGCUCGGUCCCCAGCGCAGUACGGGGACUGGACGACAACUCCCCCUCUAGCAGUCAUGGGAGGGAAGUUGCGGGGUUCUCGAGGGGUGCCGUGGGGCCCGUUUACGGACCCCCGGUGUCUCUCCACACCAGAGAGGGACGCUAUGAACGCAGAUUAGACGGCAGCUCAGACAGUCGGGAUCGAGCGUACGAGCACAGUCCUUACGGACACCAUGAACGCGGUGGCACUUUUGAUAGGCCGCGGCACUACAACACUGACUAUUACCGUGACCGCACCAUGUUUGCCUCUGGGGUCGCCUCCAGCCCAGCAGUUAGUGCAAUUAGUGGGGGAUUUGACACCCCAGAAACUCAUUUUGAAUCCCGAAUCCGCGAUCCCUUCACCUUGUCCAGCUCCGCACGCAGGGACCCCUACCGUGACGAUAGGGGGCGCCGCGUCGAUCGGACUUACCACCAUCGCCGCAGCCGGUCUUCUCACUCCUCGCAGUCGCGGCACCCUUCUCCCCAAAGGACCACCGGACAGACCCCAAAAGCCCCCCACUCGCCCAAAAGAUCAGCAGUCUCUCCAGGCCGAGGUCCACGCUCACGGUCCCGCAGCCGAUCAUCCAGUUCGGACUCAGUCAGCAGCACCAGCAGCACUGGCAGUGGCAGCAGUGACUCAAACAGCAGUUCUAGUGAGGGUUCUCGAGCACGCUCAGUUCAGUCUGCAGCCACUCAUGUUCCUGUUGCACCUCCUCCGUUGUCUCUGGACUGCGAUGAGCCACGUCGGAGCUUUGGCAUCAGGGUCCAGAACCUUCCUGUGCGAUCCACAGAUACAAGUUUGAAAGAUGGACUUUUCCAUGAGUUUAAGAAAUAUGGGAAGGUGACAUCAGUACAGAUACAUGGUGCAUCAGAGGAACGUUAUGGCUUAGUCUUCUUCAGACAGCAAGAGGACCAAGAGAAAGCUCUUAGCGUGUCCAAAGGAAAGCUCUUCUUUGGUAUGCUGAUCGAAGUGACUGCCUGGAAUGGCCCUGAGACAGAAAGUGAAAACGAGUUUCGUCCCUUGGAUGGGCGGAUAGAUGAGUUCCACCCGAAGGCCACUCGAACAUUGUUCAUUGGAAAUCUGGAGAAGACGACAAACUACCAACAGCUACUUGAUGUAUUUCAGCGCUUUGGCGAGAUAGUGGAUAUCGAUAUUAAAAGGGUUAACGGUGUUCCACAAUAUGCCUUUGUGCAAUAUUCGGAUAUUGCAAGUGUGUGUAAAGCCAUCAAGAAAAUGGAUGGGGAGUACUUGGGUACCAACAGACUCAAGCUUGGUUUUGGGAAGAGUAUGCCUACAACUUGCGUGUGGUUAGAUGGCUUGUCAACUAACAUCACAGAGCAAUACCUUACACGACACUUCUGUCGAUAUGGACAUGUGGUCAAGGUUGUUCUUGACAGAAUGAAGGGGAUGGCUCUCAUCUUGUACAACAACACAGAUUUUGCGCAAGCUGCUGUAAGAGAGACCAAAGGAUGGAAGAUAGGUGGCAAUAAAAUUAAGGUUGAUUUUGCCAGUCAGGAAAGCCAGAUGGCUUUCUAUCGCUCUAUGCAGGCAUCAGGACAGGAUAUCCGUGACUUUUAUGAAAUCCCCUCAGACAGAAGAGAUGAUCGAAGACCUCCAUACCAUGAAUUCUCAGCAGAGAGAGCAUACUAUGAGAAUGUUCGGACACCAGGAAUUUAUGCUGAAGAUCCUCGGCGAGACUACCCUGCCCGCAGUCGUGAACGUUAUACAGAAUUAGACCAUUACCAGGGUGACCACUAUGACCCACGGUAUCAUGAAGACCCUCGAGAAUACAGAGAUUACCGGGACCCUUUCGAGCAGGAUAUCAGAAAGUACAGCUACAUUCAGCGCGAACGUGAGCGAGAACGUGAACGCUUUGAGGCUGACCGUGGCAGAUGGAGUCCAUCCCAUCAGCGCCGCCCUAUAACCCCCUCUGCCUCCCCAUCACCAUCUGACCGUGUCUCAAGGGAAGCAGAGCGGCGUGUGUACAGGCACUCGUCUGAGAGAAGUGGAAGCUGCAGCUCUUUAUCGCCAGCACAACCUCAGUUUGAAAAGCCUGAAAAGUCUCCAGUGGAUUACAAGACAGAGAGUCUGGAGAGAGAAAUGGAGCAGGCCGAGGCAGAACGUGUAAGUGGGGCAGAGAAGAACAAGCGUGGCAGGCGAAAGGAAAAAACAGACCGAGAGAAGGGUGAGAAAGCAAAGUCAAGGAGAGGGAAAGUACAGUCUCCGAGCAUACCUCGCACCGAAGCGGACAGGGAGCCUAGUUUGGAUUCUAAUUCUGGAAAGAUUAAAGUUUCUGAUGUAGAUGGCUCAGAAAGACAGAGACAUAAAGGUGAAAAUGAACCCUCUCCUGAUCCUGUUUUGCGCCUUGAGCCACAAAAAGGAGAAAGACUUGAUCAAGGUAAAAGUGAGUCAGUGGAUCGGGAUAGCAAAGGAAGAUCAAAGAAGCACCUCAAAACUGACCCUGGAAAUGAGGGGAAAGAGCCCCUUUUGGAUUCCGACAGGCUUGCGGCACGAAAAAGGCGUUUUGGUGAUCCCAGUUGCAAAGCCAUAAAACAUAAAAAAGGUCGUGUUGAUGAUGAACAAACUGGUGGGGUAAGCCAGACUGCAGACUUUGGGGCAAAUGCAACUUUCACAAAAGAGGCAGAAAAUGAUACAAAAGCAUUAGAAAAAGAGGUACAGAAGAGGGAACAUUCGAAAUCCAAAUCUGAGAGGAUAGCUCACUUUAGUCAAAGAGAAGAGUUGGAUCCCAGUGUGAGAGCUGAAUUUCAGAGCUCAUCUGUACGGCAAGGAGAACAUUCUGAGCCUAACUUGGAGUCUCUGGACUCAAAAACUCAGACAGGACCAAGUGUAUCUAGACGAAUCUCCAAAGAUGGAACCCCAGAAAAGGAAAACAAAGGGAGGGAAGAAUAUUUGGACAUUGAUCUUUCCCAGAGUUAUCGCAAGCAAAUGGAGCAAAACCGAAGACUUCGGCAGCAACUCCAAGAACCUGAUAAACAAGGAAAAGCAGAAACUCCUCAUUGUGUGGAAACAGAAGACUUCGAAAACCGUAGCUUGGUGCAUGAGGUAGGCAAGCCUCCUCAGGAUGUCACUGAUAACUCUCCACCAAGUAAGAGCAAGAAACAGGAGCAUUUUGAUUUGGAUGUCAGUGCCAAGAGAGAGCGUGUAUAUAGAACUUCCCGGCCAAAAAAUGAAGAAGCAGACUGGAACAGCACACAUUCUCCAAGGUUUCAGCAUGCCCCCCAACAUGCAGAGGAUGAAUAUACAGAAGUCCCCCAUUUAAUUACUGGUAAAGAAGUAAAAGAGCUACCUAAGCCUGAGGAUAAUGCCCACCCAGACCUGGAUGUUACAGUUAAACGGGCACAUACCUCACAGAUGUCCAAGCAAAGCACACCUCUCUUAGAUGAGCAACAGAGGCGCUGGGAGAAUCGUUUAAAGCAGGACUUGUUACCUGAUUUUUCAAGGAGCUCAGAAAAACGACGAUUAAAUCGGAAGUAUUUAGAAUAUGGACUUUGGCCUGAUUUGGAGCCUGGUGAGGUACGCUCAGAUUCUGAAGAGGAUAGAGAACACAAACCAAACUCUCCUAUGCCCUCAACAUCAAUGUCCUUCCCAGAACGCCAUCGUGGAGACAGAUUAUCAGAAUCCAAGCUCACCACCUCGUUGGAAAGGAACAAAUUUUAUUCCUUUGCACUUGACCAGACAAUCACACCAGAUACUAAAGCUUUGCUGGAACGUGCAAAAUCCUUGUCCUCCUCAAGGGAAGACAAUUGGUCUUUCCUGGAUGGUGACUCCCAUUUUGCUAGUUUCAGAAGCAGAAAGGACACAGAAAAGGUAGAAUCAACACCACGACCAACACCCUCGUGGUACAUGAAGAAAAAGAAAAUACGAAGCGAGUCUGAGGAUAAAAUAGAUGACCGAAAGGAAGAUCCUAAGCCAGAAGAACAGGAGCGACGAGAGCUCUUUGCCUCUCGCUUUCUUCACAGUUCUAUCUUUGAGCAAGACUCACGACGCCUUCAACAUCUUGAACGAAAACAUGAAGAUCCUGAACAUGGUAUGGGAUAUCCUAAUGCUCAGCAAGGCCAAAGUGAUGGUCAGCCCGAUUCUGAACCAGUGGUACUCUUCCAUGAUCGCUUUUUAGAGUUAACAAGGCUCCAGCAACAGAAGGGUAAAGAGAAGACUGAGCAGGAAUCCAAGAAAGAUGAAAGUGUGGAUGGAAGAGUCGAUGAGAAGUCACAGGAGGAAGAGGAACCAGCUCAUCAACUCGGUACUGUUGAACCUAAUGUGCAGCAAGCAGAGAUUAAACCAAUCAGCCCUGCACAAGCCCCUCAGGCAAGCCCUGCUCAGACGCUUCAUGUAAACCCUGCCCAAGAAAUUCAGGUAUCACCACCUGUCUUGACAGUUAAAGAGAUGUCACCACAGCUUGAAACAAGUAAUGUCCAAGCUCCUUCACCUAAGCACAUUGAUCCUCUGGUGAAAGAAGAAAAGCAACCUGAACAGAUUUUUGCAACUGCUCCGUUGUACCAAGAAACAUCUGAAUCAAAUGGCUCAGAAUGCCAGGAGACAAAGCCUUCAGUGACUGAGAUAAAAGUAAGUCCAACUAAUGAUGUGGAAACGCCUCUUAACAGAGAUGUUGAGCAGGCCUCUAGUAAUGAUACACAUACGGAUGACACACCAGUGUCCCAUGGACCAAAACCUGAGCCACAAGCAGAACUCCCUGAACUACAGAAUUCCCCAUCCCCUAUGAUUAUAGAUGAAACAGACAAAUUAGAAAAAUCUGAACCACUAGAUACAGGAACUGAACCUCCAGUCAAAGAGGUUGAAUCAAAAUGUGUUGACAGCUACCCUGUGGAAGAACCAAUCUCUCCUCCACCAAGGUCAAGAAACAAGAAAGCCAAGACUUCACCUACAACACCAGUAGCCCCUUUGACCUCACCAAACACCCCAGACAAACAGACCACACGCAAGAGUGAACGCAUUGAUAGAGAAAAGCUUAAACGUUCAUCUUCUCCAAGAGGAGAGUUAUCUAAAGCUGUUUCAGAUAAGUCAACUGGCAAGUCUCCCAUCCAUAGCGCUGACUCAGAGCAGUCUGUAGAGCAAAAUGUACCCCCUGUAAGGGCAAGACGUAGGAAUGUACGUUCUGUUUAUGCAACUGUUGUUGAGGGUGAAUCUGCCCCACAGACUAGCAAGGAUGUUGAAUCACCACGCAGUGCACGCAAGCGUGGUUCGGACAAAGAGAGUGGAACACAGCAGCAGCCUGAACCAGAUGUUCUUACUGCACCAGCAACUUCUAGACGGGGACGUCCACCUAAGAAUCGACGCCAAGGAGAAGAUUUUUUGUCUGGAAAGAAUGACCGGUCAAAAAUAACUGAGACCAAAGAGACAGAUGUAAAUGAAUCUGGUAACAAUGAAGCAGUCACUAAAGUUGGCAAAGGCAGACAUUCCCCAUACUUACACAAAGCAGCAAAUCAGGGAACUACUUGUGUGUCUGGAGUUGGGAAGAAAGGAGAAAAAGUAGAUAAAGUAUCUGAGGCUAGUAUUCAAAAGAUUGAUCCUUCUGAGAUGGAUGUGGAUUCUCAAGACGGCACUAACCAGCAUGAUGGUGAUCCUUCAGGUGAAAAUGAGUCAAAAGAUGAACAUAAACCACCAGGAAUUUCAGAAACUAAGCAAGAAAAAGAUAAAAUAACCCAAAUGGAUAAAGGAAUUGGCAGCCAAGAAAAACUUGAUUCUGCUCAAGAACACUCUUUGGAUAAAAGUGGAAGAACAAAACCAACUCGACUAAGUCGCAAUUCAAAGCUAAUGACCGAGGAUAAAUCUCUUGGUCUCAAAAACCUCAGAAUCAGGCUUGAUAUGACCGAAGUAAAAGUAAGGCUUCAGACAGGUGAGAAUGAAUCUGGGCAUGAUGAUUCUUCUAAAAAGACUCUGGCAGUUGCCUCUCCCAAAGAUCAUUUACAAGAACCUAGAUUUGAAAAAGAUGUCAUGGGUGAUGGUGAUACUAAAGAAGACAAUGUAACGGGUCCCACAAAAGUCAAAGAUCCUCCUGAGGCAUUAUCCCGUGAAUUGGAGCUUGAACAAGCGGUGGAAAAUAUUGCCAAGCUUACAGAAGACCCUACUCCACUUCAGUUUAAAAGCCCAACAGAGGUACAGCCGCCUUUAUCAGAUCUUGUAGAGGAGGCUGUGCAUGAACCUGAAGAAGACAAGCCUGCUAAUCCUGCUAGUGAAACUGAGCUUGCUGCUGCUAUUGAUUCCAUCACAUCUGAAGACAUGUCUUCCAGUCUGCCACAAGACCAGGUCAGCUCAGUCAUAGAUUCAGACUCAGAUAUUCAAACUUUAGUCCCAGAUGCUAAAGUUAAUGAGAGCAACUCUGCUACUAUUCGGGGGGAGACUUCAAACACAGGAACACCAAGAAAAGGGGGUAAAGGCAGAGCAAAAGCCCAGAAGAGAGCCAAAGGCCAAAAGGCCAAUGUGAACAAGAAGGAAGCGAACAAAGAGGUGGUAUUAGAGACAGAGAGUCUCCCUGUUAAGUCACUAGAAGCUAUACCUGAGUUACCAGCGGUCACAGAGACUUCGCCACCAGCUACUGCUGCUGUUAUUACUCCAUCAUCUAAGCAGGAUAUAAGCUUAACAGCUAAUGUUCCUGAUGUUCCUAAAGCAACAGAAGUUCCUCUUAAAGAACAGCCUGACCUGCCAAAAUCAUCUGGGCCAGCAGCUAACAAGAGCCCAACAUCCCUCAAGCCUCAGCCUCAUCCUUAUGAGUGUACAUCCCCCUCUCUGUCUCCCACAAAGAUUUGCCUUAAACCCUCACACCUAAGCAGACUUCCUGUUUCCCCCACAGACCGAUUGAAUCAGCCUAAAGAGGCUGCAGUACUCUCUCCUUCAAUAACACCUUCAGCUCCAUCAGAGAAUCCAACAUUACUCCCUGACUCCUCUCCCAAUGACACCAACACCAGUGAUCUGCGUAAAAUUCUUUCAAAGCCGAGAACUAUUCCAAUUCCAGAUAUUAGUGCUACGCCUGGGAGCAUGCAUGCAAGGGAGAGUGAUGCCAAAAACGCACCGCAUGAAAACAGGCAGGCCUCUCUUUCAACCCAACCUGUAGUUCGACCACCAGCCUCUUUACCAUCCCCAGAGACAAAGCAAGUCUUUAGUGAGAAGUCUGUGAUUUCUGUCAUUGCUUCCACUGCUACCUCUGUCAUCAGUCGAGUUUGCAAUCCUACUGAAUCUGAGGAGAAGCCUAGUAUUCCAAUGGGGAAUCCGUUUGUGGACAAACAACCUCCAAAACAGAUGUAUCAGCCCAGCAUGGAUGACAGUAGCACCUAUCAUGGCCCAACAGUUGGAGAGGAGGGUGGAAAUGCAGGUCGCUACAUAGUGGAGAGCACCUCCCUGAGUACAGGCCCUACUGCUGGCCUCAGGGUGAAUACUUCCGAGGGAGUCGUAGUACUGAGUCACUCAGGACAAAAAAUUGAGGGACGACAGCGGAUUAGUGCCAAAAUCAGUCAAAUUCCACCACCUAGCGCUGUAGACAUAGAAUCCCAGCAGCUGGUGUCCAUGCCCCAGAUCAAACAAGAUCUUUACAGUGCCUCGCAGCCAGCUGCCCCCAAGGGUUCCCUACCUCCGUCAGACCACGGUCAUUCUCUGAAAUCGCAGCCAAAUGUCCCUUCUAUUAAGCCAGAUUCUGGACUAGACAAAUUAGACGCAUAUGCUUCAGUUCAAAGUGGGGUUGUAAAAAGACUGCAGCAGACUGGGCCUUCACAAGUAAUGGGUUUCCAUCACUCAGAAUAUGGUAUGGUGAUGAAGCAUCCCAAGAAAGAAGGAAAUGAGCCUCUCAAUGUGGAAAAUGUGAAACCUGCCUGGGUGUCAACUAUAAGUCCUGCCAUAAGCCCUCACCUACCCUCUCCAGCUGGUAAUGUUGGUUUCAUACCAGGAACCCCCACGGAUAGAGCCUCUUCACAUAUUCAGUCAAAACAAGAACCACGGUCCCCACGCAAGUCUGGACAUCCCCAUUCUCCCUUUGUGUCUUCUCCCAUUGGUUCUUCAUCUCCCAAAGGUGUUUCUAUGGUAUUGUCAACUGGUUUGCCAACAAUGUCUCAGUAUGUCCCAAGUGUACAUCACUCUGAACAGUCUGUGAUCAUGCCCCCACAUAAUACACAUGGCAACCUUGGAAGAAUGUCGCCUCACCGUGUAGGUCAGACCAUUCCCAUUGGUCACCUUUCUCAGGGAGAUGUGAGAGUUAACACACCCCCACUAUCGAUGAUGAACUAUGGCAUUCACUCUGAGGGCCUUCCCUCAACCUGGCCUCCUGGUCAGCAGCGCCCCACAUCUCCUCAGGCUGUGGGGAAUAGAGAGAUGGUCCUCAAAGUCAACCCAGCUAACGCAAGAGGCCAUGAAGGAGGUGAGGAAGAAGCAAGACGUUUUCACCAAGCACUUGGAAGACCACCAGCUACUCAGCUGAAGCCAGAGUCAAUACCCGCAGAAUACCGUGGGCCGAUUCACAGUGGACUGCCACUGGAAAGAUUUAAUGUAUCACCAAGAGACAUGCGAAUGCUUAUGCACCAUCAGCAAGGGGAGCGUCCAGCUUCAGAACUUCACCAAGGACACAUUGCUGAGGCCGUCCCUCCAACCUCAACUCCCACCAGCAUUACAGCAUCUCUGUCCCCACGGGCGCAUCUGUUACAAAAGACUGUGGCUGACAAGGAUUCUUUGAAGUCUGAAUUGAAGAGGACCACAUCACCCCCUGGUAAAGAUGGAAUCAUGGGAAUUCGGAGCGCAGUGCCUUCCAUGGCCUCUCCUCAGCGGGUACAGCUGAUUCCCUCAGGGCCUGUUCCACCCUUUUCUGAGUAUUCAACCAUGUACACCAACCUGCGCACUGUCCACUCCCAGUUUUCUGAAAGUUCGCCUUUGGGGAUUGCCCAGCCACCCCGUAAUAUCACACCCUCACAGGGUGUUCAAGAAUCUGACCACAGCCAAGCACCGACUGAAGGUAAAGUGGAGCAUGUUGGACACCAGCAAGUCAACAUGGUGCAACUUCUGACGAAGUACCCAAUUGUGUGGCAAGGCUUGCUGGCACUGAAGAACGACACUGCUGCAGUCCAGUUGCAUUUUGUCUGUGGAAACAAGUCUCUUGGCCUACGGUCACUUCCUGUCCCAGAGACAGGCGCUCUCCUCCGUAUUGUCCAGAGGAUGAGGUUAGAGACACCACAGCUUGAAGGAGUGGCCCGCCGAAUGACUGGCGAGAGUGAUUUCUGCCUCUUGCUGGCCAUGCCUUGUGGUGUAGAUCAGGAGGAUGUGGUGAACCAGACACAGGCCCUCAAAUCGGCAUUCAUCAACUACUUGAAGGCCAAGCUGGCUGCAGGCAUCAUCAAUGUGCCAAAUCCUGGCUCCAAUCAGCCUGCCUACGUGUUGCAGAUUUUCCCUCCCUGUGAGUUUUCGGAGAGUCACCUUUCACGACUGGCUCCUGACCUUCUCAGCCAGAUCUCCAGUAUCUCUCCUCAUCUUAUGAUUGUCAUCACCUCAGUGUGAUACUACAUUCGGUCAGGCCAAGCUCUACACAUCAGCGCCCACUUCGACUCGCCACCUUUACAGAUACAUUUGCAUUUACAGCCUGGAGGGACUCUGAUCUCUGGAGAUUUAAGUGUUGUUUGUCUGGAAUCCUCCCUUCUACAUAUCAGUCUUUAACUCUAGUUCGUCUUUCCUCUGGUGGCCCUCUGUCUCUCCGGACAACUCAAGGAUCUGUCUGUCUGCAACACCACUCCAGAUUAUGUACAAGCUAAUUUCACCAUUUCUCUGCUGUAUUUGUAUUUAUUGGUGAUUCUUUUUUUUUAUUUUUUGCUCAUGGAAAUUCUUUGGGAAAUCAGGAUGUUUUGAAGAACAAGAAAAAAAAGAAAAAGUGACGAACUGGACGCUAUAAAUUUUUUUUUUUUUCUUCAUUCUUCAAUGAUUCAGUUCUAUUAAUUUUUUUAAAAGAUGGAUAAUAGAAACCGUUGUAACAGACUAAUGGGUUUUUAAGUAGUCAUGCACAUUCAUUGGUCAGUGCUCCUUGUGGAGAAGAAAUAACGUUGGGAAUGUACGUUUCAGGGGAUCUUCUCAUCAGCCUUGCUUUGUCACUCACUUUGCUAAUCCAGAUUAGGGCAGACUCAUCCGUCGGCUCAAAACAGACGAACAGCUACAGGACUCUGGAGUUUUUGGAUCGCAGGACUGUAAAUAUUUUAAAUAUUUAAAACCCUGGCAAGUUGGCUUAAAACCCAGGAGAGUUGCCCUUUAUUAUUUUCAACCACGGAACUAACCACGGGAAUCUUCGAUGGAAGAGAUGAGCGAAGAGCAUCAACACAAAACCAGACUUAAAUUUGUGAUGUAAAUACUUAAGACUUUUGGGCUGGCAGCUGUUGCGAGGGUUUGUUGUGGGCACUUCAGUUUUUCUUACUCAAAUAAUAAAAAAAAAAAAGAUCCAGAAAACUUGAAUAUAACAGUCAUAUGCUCUCUCUCAUUUCAUUGUUUGUGUUAAUUGAUCCUCCAUGAGAAAAUCAUUUUGUGUGAAAUAAAUGUCUCUAACCAAACAAAAA